UCGGUACACGUGCUUAAUUGGUUGUGUAACCGGUUCUAACAUGUGCCAACUCGUAUACAUAUACACCUAUAGUAGAUCUCCACACACAAUGAAGCGCUCGUUUAUUUUGUAGUAUGUUCUUUUGUAUAUGUUUAACACCUCUAUCCUCGCUACCUGUGCUGUCUAUCAGACCCCUUUAAUCAGACGCAUUGGUCAGCGGGUAUUGAUUAAUAGUCAGGUUUGUUUGACCCGUACAUAAUACCAAACUGAGGAAUUAGGAACGAGGUCAACUGCUGAACACCAAGGGUGAAAUCAUGGAUGUUUUACACACAACCAAAGACCUUUAUGACUGGGCAUUAUCUAAAGGAGACCCCCGGGUCGAGGCGUGGCCCCUGAUGGAAUCCCCGGUGCCCGUCCUGACGUUAGUGGCACUAUACCUGGUGAUGGUAUACCACGGUCCUAGGGUAAUGGUACAACAAAAGCCGGUCUCCCUCAAUUCUGUCCUAGUGGUCUACAAUCUAGGGUUGGUCGGCCUUUCUGCUUACAUGUUUUACGAGUUCCUAGUGACCAGUGUUCAGGCCGGGUACAGUCUAAGAUGUCAACCGGUCAAUUACUCCAAUGACCCUUUAGCACUACGGAUGGCGAGUGUCUGUUGGUGGUAUUUUUUCUCCAAAAUCAUAGAAUUUUUAGACACUACAUUUUUUAUACUAAGAAAGAAAAACGAACAGAUCACUUUUCUUCACGUGUAUCACCACAGCACCAUGCCACUUAACUGGUGGUUAGGGGUCAAGUUCGUGGCUGGAGGUCAAGCUUGGUUUCUGGCAAUGCUGAAUUGUUUCGUCCAUAUUUUGAUGUACACAUACUACGGGUUGUCUGCCCUUGGUCCACACAUGCAGAAAUAUUUAUGGUGGAAACGCUAUCUUACAAUACUUCAAUUGAGUCAGUUUUUUGCUGUCAUACUGCACACUGGCUACAACAUGACGACCGACUGUGAUUUCCCCAUCGGAUUUAACUACGCUGUGUUUAUAUACGCCAUCACACUGGUGCUGUUGUUCUCCAACUUCUUCAUGCACACUUACACGUCAAAGGAAGACCAACACACACAAGUCAAAGGAAGACCAACACACACAAGUCAAAGGAAGUUACAAUAACUAUAGGAAGAGCUUAACACAAUAACGAUAGCUCAAAGGAAGAGCUUAACACAGUUACGAUAACUCAAAGGAAGAGCUAAACACAGUUACGAUAACUCAAAGGAACAGCUAAACACAGUUACGAUAGUUAAACAGUUACGAUAACUCAAAGGAAGAGCUUAACACAGUUACGAUAACUAAAUACAGUUACGAUAACUCAAAGGGAGAGCUAAACACAAUUACGAUAACUCAAAGGAACAGCUACAUACAGUAACGAUAGCUAAACACAGUUACGAUAGUUAAACAGUUACGAUAACUCAAAGGAAGAGCUUAACACAGUUACGAUAACUAAACACAGUUACGAUAACUCAAAGGAAGAGCUUAACACAAUUACGAUAACUCAAAGGGAGAGCUUAACACACUUACGAUAACUCAAAGGAAGAGCUUAACACAGUUACGAUAACUCAAAGGGAGAGCUUAACACAAUUACGAUAGCUCAAAGGAAGAGCUUAACACAGUUACCUUAGCUAAACACAGUUACGAUAACUCAAAGGGAGAGCUAAACACACUAACGAUAACUCAAAGGGAGAGCUAAACACAGUUACGAUAACUCAAAGGAAGAGCUUAACACAGUUACGAUAGCUAAACACAGUUACGAUAAAUCAAAGGGAGAGCUUAACACACUUACGAUAACUCAAAGGAAGAGCUUUACACAGUUACGAUAACUCAAAGGAAGAGCUAAACACAGUUACGAUAACUCAAAGGAAGAGCUUAACAAAGUUACGAUAGCUAAACACACUAACGAUAACUCAAAGGGAGAGCUUAACACACUUACGAUAACUAAACACACUUACAAUAACUCAAAGGAAGAGCUUAACACAGUUACGAUAACUAAACACACUUACGAUAACUCAAAGGAAGAGCUACAUACAGGUACGAUAGUUAAACACAGUUACGAUAGCUAAACACAGUUACGAUAACUCCAAGGAAGAGCUUAACACAGUUACGAUAACUAAACACACUAACGAUAACUCAAAGGAAGAGCUUAACACAGUUACGAUAACUAAACACACUUACGAUAACUCAAAGGAAGAGCUUAACACAGCUACGAUAGCUAAACACAGUUACGAUAACUCAAAGGGAGAGCUAAACACACUAACGAUAACUCAAAGGGAGAGCUUAACACAGUUACGAUAACUCAAACAAUAGUUACAUACACACCAGACAAACGAUGAAAUAGCACAUACCUGGUGAAAGAAGAGCUAACUAUAUUCAAUUUCUUGUUACCUUGUUAGAAAGUUCAAGCCUGAUUCUCGUUGGUUAAUCGCGGUGUAAAACCGAACAAAAAGCCUCGUAUUCCAGAUUUAAUAAGACUAUUGGUGAACAAGAAUAAGAACUUGGUCCCGUUUCAUCAACGUUCCUCAAAUUAAAGGGACUAGAGUGGUAAUUAGGUCACUGUUUAAAAAUAUCACAAAACGUAACAUUUUUUACAACAUAUGCCACAAAACUUACAAUUUGUCUUAAUAAUACUAAUUAAUCAUUUACAUCAUCGAUUCCCUGCAGUUUCCUUGGUAUAAAUGACCAAACACUGUGAUACUCACACUCAGGUACUGAUAGCAUUGACUUUAUUUACACCUGUUUAUUGGAAGCGUUUCAAUGUUGAUUAUACAUUGUAUAGACAUGCUUAUUAUGAAUUUGUGGAUUUUUAAGAAUCUACCUCAUUAAAAUUAUUAAAAUAUUUGUUAAUAAAGAUUAUGUAGUGUGAAAACCAUGGUAUUGUUUGUCUGAUUUUUCUACACAAUAGCAAUCUGAUGCAGUUCCAUAUCCGAUGGUUUUCUAAAUUCGAAUGUGGCACUUGACCUCUGCAGCACUGUCUGCGAGUUCUAAGAACUAUUCUCUUCCUAUCACACGGAUGUGUAGGAUGAGCAGUAAUAGGAAUGUGGCACUUUGUACCUCUACAUUUCAUAACAUACUGUGUUUAGUAUUAUCUUAGCAGGUUUGAAGAAACAUUAAAUUCCUUUCGCGUUAACUUUGCUGGCUGUUGUAUUUUGUUCAUUUAAAACUUAUUGUGAAGAACUUAAAUAGUAUCUGCGACGUACAUUAGGGUCAUUAACAAGACUGCAGGUCUUUAUUUUGCGAUAACAUGUUUUUUUAUCGUCCUCCUUUGGGUCUGAAAGUUCUACUUCAGGUGAUGCUCAAUGCUUCACUUCCGGUCCUGAAAGUUCCGCUAUCGGUUUUGUAAUAGAAGUGACUUUUGUCAAACAGGAAAUGUUAACGUUCACAUCUUUUUUCAUUCUUACCUUGCUUGUGAACAAUGAAAUUGAGGGAUGUUAUGUCCAUAGUUAAAUCGAUGAGAUUUUGCUGUUUAAACCUCACGUCGGGGAUGAACUAUGUUUGUCCAUCGCCAGGAGUGGAGCCAAAAUAUGUGAUUUACUCUAUCAGAUUCGGAUGCUUGUCUAUCACUAGGAAAGGGUGGGGAACCUACGCCAUC